AUGCGGCGCCGCGGCCGCGCCCGGUCGUCGGCGGAGCCCGCCAGCGCUCGCAGCGACGAUACCAGCGAGGCGGGAGGCAGCGCUGGUGAGGGAGCAGGCAGCGGCGCGAGCGCAGCAGCAGCAGCGGCGGGCGACGACGCGGCGCCUGCAGCGCACAAGCAAGCAGGCGCCCACCCCGCACCCCACCCCGGCAUCGAGGCGGAGAUCCUGGCCAUCACGCUGCCCACGCUGGCCACCCUGGCCGCUGACCCCCUCGCCUCUCUCGUCUCCACAGGCUUUGUGGGGCGCCUGGGCGCGGUGCCGCUGGCGGCGGCGGGGGUCGCGCUCUCUGUAUACAACUCCGCCACCAAGCUGCUCAACAUGCCGCUGCUGGCGGUGACCACGUCCUCGGUGGCGCAGGCGAUGGGGGCGGAGGCGGGCGGGGAGCAGGCGGGCGGCGGGCGGGGAGCCCUGGCCGGCGCCGUGUCCGCCGCGCUGGCGCUGGCGCUGGCCACGGGGCUGGCCCAGGCCGCGCUGCUGGCGGCGUUUGGCGGGCGGGGGCUGGCCCUGUGGGGCGCGCCGGCGGGCAGGCCCCUCCACCCAGACGCCGCCGCCUACCUGGGCAUCCGAGCGCUGGCGGCGCCCGCCACCGUGCUCAUGCUUGUUCUGCAGGGCUGCUUCAGGGGCCUGGGCGACACGCGCGUGCCGCUUGUGGCCACCCUGCUGGCCAACGGGCUCAACGUCCUGCUGGAGCCGCUGCUCAUCUUUGGCGCGGGGUGGGGCGUGCGCGGCGCGGCGGCGGCGGUGGGGCUGUCGCAGGCGGCGGCCGUGGCGGUGCUGCUGGCCAUGCUGCGCCGCCGCGUGCCGCUGCGCCUGGCGGGCGGCGCCUCGCUGGCGCACAGCCUUCGCUCCCUGGGCUCCACGGGGCUGCUGGCGCUGCGCACGCUAGGCGUCAUGGGCGUCUACUCGCUGGCCACCAGCCUGGCGGCGCGCACCCAGCCCGCCCACGCAGCCGCCCACCAGAUUGCCUUCCAGGCGCGGCGGGCCCUUGCGGUGGCGGCGCAGACGCUGCUGGCGCGCUGCGUGGCGGCGGGGCAGCGGCAGGCGGGGCGCACGGUGGCGCGCCGCACGUUGCAGGCGGCGGCGGCGCUGGGCGGCCUGCUGGCGGCGCUGCUGGCGGCGGGGCAGGCGCCCAUCGCCCGCCUGUUCACCUCAGACCCCGCGGUGCUGGCUGCCCUGGCCUGCAUCUUUCCUGCGGUGGUUGCCAGCCAGCCCCUCAACUCCCUGGCAUUCUGCAUGGACGGAAUCCUGUACGGCAUGCCCGGAGGCUUCGCCUACGCGGCGGCAGCCAUGAUGGCCGCCUGCCUGCCCGCCGGCGCCGUCAUGCUGGCCGGCAGCCGCCUGGCGGCGCGCCUGCCCCUCCCGGCGGCGUUUGAUGCGCAGCUGGCGGCGGUGUGGGCGGGCCUGGCCACGCUCAUGGCGCUGCGCUUCCUCACCCUCUUCAUCCCGCUGCUGCGCCGCAGCCCGCCCUUUGACAAGCUGGGCGGCUGA